AUGGGCCCCGGAAAGAAGAAUGUCAAGGCGACCAAAAAGUUCGAGAAGAAGCACCUGCGAGGCGUGCUGGACAAGAGAAAGGACGCCGCCCGGGCCAAACAACGCCAGCAGGUCAAGGAGAAGAAGAAGGCUCGGCGGGCCGACGAUGCCGACUUCUUCAAGGGCCCAAAGGCGGCCGACGGUGCCGCGCCCAAGCGCGAGCCCCACGGCGGCCUGAAGAACAAGAAGAGCGGUGAGAUGAGCGUCGACGAGUUUUUCCAGGGCGGGUUCGAAGAGAUUGUCGGCGCCGGCGGGUGCAAGCCCGGGAGGCUGGGCAAGCGCAAGAGAAGCAGCCAGGACGUGGACCAGGACGUGGACCAGGACGCCGAAGCCGACGCCAGUGACGGCAGCGGCAGCGGCUCGGGCGUGGAGGCUGCCGGCAGGCGAGCGAGCGACGACGAUGACGAUGGCGCCGACGACGACAGCGCCGACGGUGAUGAUGCCCAAGGCGGCAUGAGCAGGGAGACCAUGGACAAGCUGGCAGAAAAGGACCCCGAGUUUUACAGAUUCCUGCAGGAAAACGACCCCGAAGCGUUGGAUUUCGACGACAACACGGACUUGGCCGAGGUUGACGAGCUGAGCGCCAGCGAGGGCGGUGAUGACAGCGACAGCGACGACGACGACGACGACGACGACGAGGGAGCAAAGGAGCAGAAGCCCAAGAAAAAGAGAAAGACGGCCGAGGCCGAGGCAGCAGAGCCCGCCCAGGCCGACGAGCUGACCCGCCCACGGGUCGCCUCCUGGCGGAAAGCCAUGCAGGACGGCCACUCCCUCCGAGCCGCCCGACAGGUCGUCCUGGCCUUUCGGUGCGCAGCGCACCUGAACCAGGACGGCGGCGACGGCGACGGCGACGGCGGCGACGCUCCGCCGAGAUGGACCAUCAACGACCCCCAGGUCUACCACGACGUGCUGGUCCUGGCGCUGACGCAGGUCCCCGCCGUCAUGAACCACCACCUGCCGGUCAAGGAGUCGGCCGCCGGCAAGGUGUACGUGCCGACCGAGACGAAAAAGUUCAAGACGCUCUCGCUGCUCCUGCGGUCGUACGCGUCGUCCGUCAUGCACCUCCUGGGCACCCUGUCCGACGACAAGACGGUCCAGCUGGCCCUGUCGUCCGUCACCCCCGUCCUGCCCUACCUGCUCUCCUUCAAGAAGCUCGUCCGGGCGCUGGCCCGGGCCGUCGUCGGCUUCUGGGCCCAGCCCGCCAGCGCCGAGGCGACGCGCGUCACCGCCUUCCUCGUGCUGCGCAGGCUCGUCGCCAUCGGCGACAAGGCCAUCCGCGAGGCCGUCCUCAAGGCCACCUACCAGGGCUUCGUGCAGGGCUGCCGCGUCACCAACCACUCCACCGUCCGCGGCAUCAACCUGAUGAAGAACUCGGCCGCCGAGCUGUGGGGGCUCGACCCGGCCGUCGGCUACGCCACCGCCUUCACCCUGAUCCGCCAGCUGGCCGUGCACCUGCGCAACAGCCUCGUCAACAACAGGAACGAGUCGUUCCGCCUCGUCUACAACUGGCAGUUUGCGCACUCGCUCGACUUUUGGUCCUGCGUCCUCGCCGAGCACUGCUGCCCGCUCCGCGAGGCCCAGGCCGGCCGCGAGAGCCCGCUCCGGCUGCUCAUCUACCCCCUCGUCCAGGUCACCCUCGGCGCCGCGCGCCUCGUCCCCACGUCGGCCUACUUCCCGCUGCGGUUCCACCUCGUGCGCUCGCUGCUGCGCACCUCGCGCGCCACCGGCACCUACAUCCCCCUCGCGUCGCCCUUGCUCGAGGUCCUGGCCUCGGCCGAGAUGAAGAAGGCCCCCAAGGCGUCCACCCUCAAGUCGUUCGACUUUGCCGUCGCCUACCGGGCGCCCAAGUCCUAUCUCCGCACGCGCGUCUACCAGGACGGCGUGGGCGAGCAGGUCGUCGAGCUCCUCGGCGACUUCUUCCUCCUGUGGUCCACCUCGGUCGCCUUCCCGGAACUGGCCCUCCCCGUCGUCAUCCAGCUCAAGCGGUGGGUGAAGCAGGCCCGCUCCCGGGACCAGGGCAACAAGAACGCCAAGCUCGUCUCGCAGCUCGUCCUGCUCGCGCAGAAGCUCGAGGCCAACGCCAAGUUUAUCGAGGACCGCCGCGCAAAGGUCGAGUUUGCGCCCAAGCAUCGCCAGCAGGUGGCUGCUUUUCUCAAGGACUUUGACGUGGCCAAGACGCCGCUGGGGGCGUACGUCGUGGCCCAGAGGAAAGUGAGGGAGGAGAGGUCCAAGAUGUUGGAAGACGCGAGAAAGGAGGACGAUAAGAAGAGGAAGGAGGACGAGGCGCAGGCGCAGGCGCAGGCGGACGAGGACGACCAUACGGCAGACGAGGAGGAGGAUAGCGAGGAUGGGCAUGACGAUGACGGUGAUGGUGACGAGGACGAAGAUGACGAGUAG